AUGACCGAGCGGUGGCAAUGUUUGAUGAUGCCAGGGGCUGCUGAUGGUUUGGAUACGUUUUUAAAUGUCGUGUUUGGUACCAAGGGCGAGAAUACACGUAGCAAUCAUGGUUUGCUGCUGGAGUGUUUGGAGGAUAAAGAAGAAAUCAUGGAAGACGGUGUGGAAAACCCUUUUAUUGAACGUCCACAGUACCCAUUGCCAGCUACUGCCUAUAUCCUACUCUACGCAGACACAGACUUCAAUGGAAACGAUUGCAUAUGUGCCCAGCUGUACCAAUCACGCUUUGACGAUGACUCGAUCGAGACGUUGCUAUCUCGCCUAUUUUACUAUCCACCACCCACCCCAAUGAUUCGCAAUGAUACGGCAGAUUACUUGGGUGCACUUGGCUUUUUCGCAGAAGAGGAACAACAACUCAAUGACAAACAUGCUAUCACGAAUACUAUCAAACCGCAUCAAUGGAAAUGGGAUAUUCUCGCUGCCCGAGAUCAAGAUAUGAUGGAAAAGGAACGACUACGCCAGUUGCAACGACCUGAUUUUUUCGCCAAACCGCGUCCGAAGCCUGUGCCUAAAAAGCGGAAUACAAUUGAUCUCAAGUUCUUACUGGAACGACAAGAAGCAGGGGGUAGUGGUAGCAACAAGCCUUCACCUACAAGAGCAGCAGCUACUGCAGCGUCGUCAUCAGCUGCGCCUACAACAACUGCGAAAGGGAAGCGAAAAGAACAGCCUUCGUCCCCGGAACAGAUGCGAAAGAAAAAGACACCUUCAGGAGCAGCAGGAGGAUCAAGCGAUACCUGGGAAUCAGAAAACAAGGACUUGAUCAAAAAUAGGUUGUGGAGCACCAUGUCCAAGGAACGCGGUCAUGAUCGACGGUCUGAAAAGAGCAAGUUACUGUACCUCCAAAUCUAUCAAAGCUGUCGAUACGUGUUUCGCCUUACGAUGAAGGACAAGCAAGUGAAUAGCAAGUUGCUGGAUCAAAUCAUUGACAAACACCUCGACUUUUAUGAAGAACUUGAUAUAUUUAUGUGA